AUGUCCCAGCCAGAACUGGAAAAAAAGUUAGACGAAGCUGCUGUCGCAGAAUUGCAGCAAGAUUCCCGCGUGCAGGAAGAGGUCAAGACAAAUUGCCAGGCAACUCACGAGGAAAGCCAGAGGCGGGGUGCAGGGGUUUUGGUCAAGGAAGAGGAGCGUCAGGUUGAUGGUGGGGUUGAUGACGCUGAGAUCGAGGUGGAGAAGGAUAUCCUGCCUGAUAAGUUGACUCGAGAGCCAGACGGUCCCGCGACCGCGUGCCAGCCUCCUACAAAAAAGAUUAAGCUUGAAGAGGAGACACCCAAGUUGAAGGAAAAGCCGGCGGAGGAGGAGCAAAACAAUGGCUCUACUGCGCAUGGUGCUACGAGGCCCAAAGUCAUCCUGCAAGCACGUCCCAUAGUGGUCCAGCCAACGAAACCCCAGCUAUCGUACGUGCCCUUAAAGACGGGCUUGGUCUACGAUGUCCGCAUGCGAUACCACGCUAAAAUCUUCACCUCGUAUUUCGAAUACACAGACCCCCACCCGGAAGAUCCUCGUCGUAUCUACCGGAUUUACAAAAGAUUGGUGGAAGCUGGCUUGGUGUUGGACUAUUCACUUUCUGGCAUCGACGAGUUGGGGCCAUAUAUCCAAAAAUUACCCAUUCGAGAAGCGUCCACUGAAGAGAUUCUCGAAGUGCACUCAGAGCAGCACUUGGAACACAUAAAGUCGACCGAAGCAAUGUCCAAGGAUGAACUACUCCGAGAAACCUCUGUUGGUGAUUCCAUCUACUUCAACAACGACUCUUACUUGGCAGCCAAGUUGUCGUGUGGUGGCACCAUCGAAGCCUGUAAAGCAGUGGUUGAGGGCAAAGUGAAAAACUCACUCGCGGCCGUGAGACCCCCAGGCCAUCACGCCGAGCCAAAUUCCCCCGGUGGCUUUUGCUUAUUCAGUAACGUGGCUGUAGCCGCCAAAAAUAUCUUAAAAUCUUAUCCCGAAUCAGUGAGGAGGAUUGUCAUUGUUGACUGGGACAUUCACCAUGGCAAUGGUACCCAAAAGGCAUUUUACAAUGACCCUCGAGUGCUCUACAUUUCGGUUCAUCGUUAUGAAAAUGGGAAAUUCUACCCGGGUACAAAGCAUGCAAACGCCGAGCAGGUGGGCGAAGGUCCAGGUAGAGGGUACAACGUCAAUAUACCGUGGCUAAACGCCGGCAUGCACGACGGAGACUAUGUUUACGCGUUCAACCGGGUGGUGAUACCGGUAAUCUUGGAAUUUGACCCCGACCUCAUCAUCGUCAGCUCGGGGUUUGAUGCCGCCGACGGUGAUGUUAUCGGUGGCUGUCAUGUUAGUCCCGCUGGAUAUGGCUACAUGACACAUAUGCUCAAAGGGAUCGCAAAGGGCAAACUUGCUGUGAUUCUAGAAGGUGGAUACAAUCUCGACUCCAUCAGUGAAAGUGCUUUGGCUGUAGCAAAAGUCCUCAUUGGAGAACCACCAGAGAAUACCAUUUCAAAGCAACCACAGCCGGACGCAAUUGAAAUCAUUGACGAAGUCAUCAAGAUCCAAUCGAAAUACUGGAAAUGCCUCAGCCACGGCGUCACCAAGACGACAUUUGACGAGAUAUACGAUCUCCCGGAUCUAGAUAAGAACAGAUACAAACUCACAAACAUAGCGGACCCGAUCCGUGCCUUCCAGAAUAACGAAGCCUUCACCAAAAGGGAGUUUAUCAACAUACCAAUCAUGAACCACGGCAAGGGAGACCACAAAAACUCCAGUUUCUCGUGUGAUUUACCCGACCAGUACGAGGACUUGAUCAUUGCAAGCCCCGACAUCUACGAAUGCUCAACCAUAAUCAUCACGGUGCAUGACCCUCCCGAUUUAUGGGGGUGCAUCAACCCCGUCAAUGGCGUGAUUGAAAGCAAUUCCAGCAUAGUGCUAGAACAGCCACUUUUCCAAAUCAUGGAUAAAGUAGCCAAGGAGAAAGACGCAGACAACAAUGACCGAGUCGGUUACAUUGAUGUAAAUAUACCGUCUUACCAACUCCCCAUCCCGGGCCUUUCCACCUCCGAGGAAUCAACAUACAACCCCACGAUUUUUGCCCAGGAAAUUCUCUUGUACAUUUGGGACAACUACAUCGCCUACUUCCACCAGCUCAAAAAGAUCAUCUUUGUCGGCUUUGGAGAAGCGUACCAGAGUAUAGUGCAUCUAUUCAGCAAGCGUCCUUCUUCCGAGAUCAAGCGGUUGGUCAAAUUCACAGUGGCGUACGUGAACCGCACCCAAUUGAAACCGUUGGUCCCCGUAAUGGAUGAAAGCAUGGUUGACUGGUUCUACCUGAACUCGACCAUCUUCACCAGCUGCUACAAUCCGUGCUGGAACACCUCAUCAUCUUCAUCUUCAUCUUCAUCGUCUUCUUCGUCUUCAAAUGGAUCUCAUCAUCACAAUGGCACGUCGAAUGGCGACGCAAACGGUUCGGAUGAGUUGAGGAAACCGAGAAGGAAGUUUGGCCGCGUGUUGAAAGCGGGCGUCGAUGGCCUUUUCGAUGUCAUCAAUGACAAGUUCGAUGAAGGCGUGGAUAAUAUCUUGGAUAGCAUCGAGGACUACUCCAGCUCUGACGAGUAG